AUGGCCUCCCUUGCUGCAGCAAAUGCAGAAUUUUGCUUCAACCUGUUCCGAGAGAUGGACAAUAACCAGGGCACUGGAAACGUCUUCUUCUCUUCUCUGAGCAUCUUCACUGCCCUGGCCCUGGUCCGGCUGGGCGCGCGAGGCGAUUGUGCUGCCCAGAUUGAUAAGAUGCUCCACUUUAAUCCCAUUUCAGGACGUGGAAACUCUUCUAAUACUCAGGCAGGACUCCAGUCUCAACUGAAAAAGGUUCUCUAUGAUAUAAACUCAUCCCACAAAUAUUAUGAUCUCCGCAUCGCCAAUGGUCUUUUUGCAGAAAAAGUGUUUGACUUUCAUAAGAACUUUAUUGGGUGUGCUGAAAAAUUAUACAAUGCCAAAGUGGAACGAAUUGACUUUACAAAUGAUGUGGAAGAUACAAGAUUUAAAAUUAAUAGAUGGAUAGAAGAUGAAACACAUGGCAAAAUCAAGAACAUCUUCUCAGAGGGCAGCAUCAGCUCCUCGGCGGUCAUGGUGCUGGUGAAUGCCGUUUACUUCAAAGGCAAGUGGGAGUCGGCCUUCACCAAGAGAGACACCCUCAACUGCCAUUUCAGAUCCCCCAAGUGUCCUAGGAAAGCAGUGUCCAUGAUGCAUCAAGAACAGAAGUUCAAUAUGUCUGUCAUUAAUGACCCGUCCAUGCAGGUGCUUGAACUCAGAUAUCAUGGUGGAAUAAGCAUGUACAUCAUGCUACCUGAGAACGACCUUGCCCAAAUUGAAAAUAAAUUGAACUUCCAGAACCUAAUGGACUGGACCAAUCCAAGAAAAAUGAAGGCACAGUAUGUGGAGGUGUUUCUCCCUCAGUUCAAGAUUGAGAAGAAUUAUGAAGUCAAAGACCAUUUAAGAGCUCUAGGGCUGAAGGAUAUUUUUGAUGAGUCCAGAGCUGACCUGUCUGGCAUAGCUUCAGGAGGCCGCCUGUACAUGUCAAAACUGAUGCACAAAUCCUUCAUAGAGGUCACCGAGGAGGGCACAGAGGCAGCUGCUGCCACUGGAAACAACAUCGUUGAGAAGCAGCUCCCUGAGUCCACGGUGUUCAGAGCUGACCACCCAUUCCUGUUUUUCAUCAGAAAGGAUGACAUUAUCUUAUUUAGUGGCAAAGUUUCCUGUCCUUGA